AUCAGUGUACACCCACACUCUACACGUGAGCGUACCACCAUGCCACACGCCAUUCGCGUGCACUCAUACAUUCUCUCGUACUAUCGCUCACAGGCCUAUCUGGCGGAGGCUGUGAGGUUGGCCAAUGAGAACUCGACCUCACUGCAGCGUGCACCCGCACCAGCCACACAGUUUGUGCGUGGCAAAGCGAGCCUUCUGCCCUUCACACCUGGUGGUAUGGAAGAAGUUGAGUCCAGGAAAAAGGCCCUAGAUCAGACCAUUGGUGCGGAGGUGAGAGCCUCUAGUGCUGUGCUUGAUUUUACAGAUGUGUCUGCGCUGCAGUGGGUGCCGCCUGGCUUUGAAGAGGGACUGGAUCUGUGGCGAGAUGGGGUGGAGACGAGAGAGUGUGAGCAGCGCAACACACACAGAGGCGACACCUUAGACGCCAUCAUCAAUGCCACAGCGGAUAUGCACUCGAGCGAAUCAGAGGCAGACACAGACACGGACACAGAGAGUGACGGGGACGGUGUAGAACAGGGAACUCAGCUGGAUGACAUGGAUGGACAGAACGGGGAUACCACCUUGACCCGCACAGACAGUCUAGAGCGAUUGCUCGACACAGCCACACCGCAUGUACCCGUCACCAAAGCCAACAACUCAGUGGAAGAGGAGUGGGCUCAUGCGAUCGACAUCACACACCCUGUACAAGACUUCUACACACGAGUACCUCACAUGGCUAAAACCUACCCGUUCGAGCUGGAUACGUUUCAGAAGCAGGUGUGA